AUGGCGUUUCGCGGGUCGACUGCGCAGCUGUUCGUUGUUCUGCAUCUCGUUCUCGCGUUCGCCUCGCUGAGUACAAUCCAGGGUGUCGCGCUGAUAAGGGGAUACGCGGACAAGUUAUCUACCGCAGAGAGGCUGCAGACGAAGGACAAGGGGGAGUGGGCGGAGAGGUUCAAGGAGAUGGGCAUGCAACAACCGCCCAAGCCACAGGUGCAAGCGCUCUACCACAGCAUCGAGCAGCGCCUGCGGAGGCCGUGGGCAGGAAGGGGAGGGGCAGGGAGGCCCGUGGCAACGGUGGGGAUUCACAUCCGCGUGGGUGUCGAUGUGGUGUGGCCGGGCGACAGCGGCAAGCCCAAGGAGCUCACUGCGAAGCAGGUGGACUGGCUUGUUGCUCGCGCCAGGAUAUGGAUUCAUUGCGCUCGGUGUGUGGAGGCGUACUGGUUCCCGUCGUUCGUUGCGGUGCACUGGAUGCUCGUCACCAACUCAGCAAAGCUCAAAGCUGCCAUCAAAUCCAGGUUUCCCUCCAAGGUCAUCACCACCGACUUAAUACCACGGCAUUCAAAUAGUCUGACCUCUGGCUCUGCUGGCAGCAUUGGCCGUGGCUCCUCCCCUCUACGCCUACGAAAGCUUGCAAGGCAGCGGCAGGAAGAGCAGGAUAGAUUGUUCCAAGAGCUGGUAACAGAGUGGUUCCUUCUGGCCUCUUGCGAUGCUACGGGGCGGUCUGCAGGGCGGGACGGGACGGGCUACCGGGUGGGGCGUGGUGCGCACGGGCCAGGGCAGUGUGCGGCCUGCAAAGGGGCGGAACGAGGCCUUACGGGGCGGGAUGGGGUGCGCUUGGGAUGGGACAGGGGCGCAGCCGGCUAA